AUGCUGCUGGAGGGGGAACGCAAGCGGCUGGCCGAGACGGAUACCCGCAGGUCGCUCGAGCUCGCGGCAUACUUCUCGUGCUGUAACCUGCUGAUUGAAUCAUUAUUAUGUUCUCUCAUUAUAUAUCAUAGUAGCCUGGGUUUCGUGUUCCACGUCGGAUGGAUUGGCGCAUUGAAACUAGGCACUUGGUUCGAAACUGUUCAUCUGAGAUACUCCGCCGUCUCCGUGAUUUCGCCUCCUCAUGUCUCUUACACAAGACGGUCUUGA